GCAAUACCAAUGCUGGGCCGAUCUGCUGCCCUUUCGAGCGAGCCAACGACUGCUCCACAUACAAGCAGCAGCAGCACCGCCGCCGCCAUGAUUGCGCGGGUUGCAGGCGCGACCAGUGAGACCGAUCGCAGUGUCGCUGCGGCCGAACGCGAGGCCGAGGAGCUCCUGAUCAAGCACAGCGUCAAGGACGUCCUCUCAACAGAGCAGAAGCUGCGCGGCGACAUUGAGCACAAGAAGGUCGAGCUGCGAACAAUGGUCGGCGAGCGUUACCGCGAUCUGAUUGACGCAGCAGACAGCAUUCUCGCCAUGAAGCAAGGCAGCAAUCUCGUCACACACUCACUCCAGCGAUUGCAGACGCUGUGUCUUCACGCAUCGGCGCGGCCACAGCCACAGCCACAGCCACAGCCGGUCGGUGGCGCCAAUGCAAUCAUCUCAAACGCAGCGGCCUCGUCCACGUCGACAUCCUCAUCCAAUCCGCUUGCAACUUCUGUCAAUGCUCAUGCUAAUGCUGUUGCUGUUAGUGCUGGAUUGUCGCGCCACAGUCGCGAGUCCGGAGUGCAUGGCAAGGGCGCCGCCGAUGUCGCCACGGCCAGCCCGAAGGCGCUCUUUCUGAUGGCGAGCCAGAUGAGGCUGCUUGUCGACGCACCCGAGCACAUCUGGAGCGCACUUGAGGCGCACGAGCAUUUGCGGGCUGCCAACCUCUUCCUGACAGCCACACAAGCCCACGCCGACUUUACGGCAGACGCCCAAAAGCGAACGCUGGCCGAGAAUUUUCCCAUUUUGCGCCAACAGUGGACCGCCAUCAGCCAUUUCCGCGAGCAAAUCCUCACGGGUGCACGAAGGCAGCUGUGUAUCACCUCAUCAAGCACCGCUGCUCCUGCCCCUGCGACUGCUCGCGAGAGCGGUCUUGAGGAUGCUCUGCAAACGCUCAUUGUGCUCGACCACAAAACCCCUCUGCAAGUCUUGGGCGAGCUGCUCGAGUGGCGCAGGCGCAGUCUUCUUCGCUGCUUUGCUCUCGAUGCAGACACUGUGCACGAUGUUCCAGAGCGGUUUACGCACAUGGUUUUGAUUGUGAAGCGCACCAUUGCCAGCGUGCACGCAUGUUUCAUCUCGCCCGAUGCCCCGUUUCCUGUGCCGUUGGACCAAUUGCAACGCGCAACGGCGUCGUGGUUUGGACAGUGCUGCGAGCACUUUGCAGCCGUUCAGUCUGGUGCAUCCUUCACAGCCCACGGACUGGCGGACGGGAGCCGCGCGGCUGGCGACGUCAAAGUCCCCCAUGGCACUGUGGCGACCGAGAUGCCCGACACUCCGGCAGGCGACCAUGUGCUCCUGUUUGUCCAUUCGUUGCGCACGUUGGGGUCUGUGGUAGACCGCGUGUUGGCUGCCCUGUCCGACUUUCCCGCGAGUGUGGUUGCUGCCGCCAUUGGCCGUGCCUGCUCCGUUUGGGAUGAGUUGGUUGUUCCCUCGCUUGUGGCUCGCGCGACGCAGUUGCUGCGCGGUUCCCUCGACCAAGCCACAGCUCAGCUGCGUGCUCAGUGCGACAGCGCCUUUGCCUCGGUCACCGCGUUCCAUCACCAGCAACAAGCGCGACAGUCGGCAAAAAUCACCCGCUCGACUUCCAUGUUUGAUAACUUGAUUGCCAUCGAGUCGUCACCCAGCGUGUCACAGAUCGUCGCUAGUCUCGACAAGGCGCUUGCGGCCGCGGUGACGGAUGCCAGUGUCCUCUGCACGGCCAUCCACACCCAGCUCGGCAAGUUGCCCGACAUUGCCCAGUCAACCGCGGCAGCCGCUCCAGCCUCGGUUCCGACGGCCAUUGCCGCCAUUUUCCAAGAUUUGUUGUUUUGCGCUUUGGCGCGAUUUAGCGAGGAAUUGACGACCCGCGUCAAGGCCGUACAGGCGAUUGGCGGCCAGAAGCACCCCGAAGGCGAUGCCGCCAGUCCCGCCGCCAUCUCGCCCGGCCAGCUGUCUGCGGAAACUGCCGACCAGCUGCUCUUCCUGGGCAAGUUGACGCAAACCGUGCUGUUGGGAUCGACACAAAUCAGCAGCUUCUUUUCAGCUCAGUUUGCCGCUCAGAGGCUCGGAGUCGUCAGUACUCCGGGAUUGGCCCCCGGAAUGCUCAGUGCGCAUUCCAACACGACCGUCCAACCCAGAGGCGCCGUUCCUAGUGCCUUGUCGCGUCUUCCCACCGCGCACAACACCAACUCGCCGCAGCCACUCUUAGACUUUUCCUCCCCGUAUGUCCCACCAAACACUGAAGCACGCCUGGUGGUGCUGUAUUUUGCCUACCGCAGCACCUAUCUUCAUGCCUACCUUGCAUGGGUUGAUUGGGUGGCACACACGAUUGCGGCUGGGUUUGAGGCGAAUUUGCUGGCCUUCCCCUGGGUGGAUGCCAUGACCGACGUCAUCGGCGCGACGGCGGGGGCGACUUCCCAGUCUGUCUUGCCGUCCAUUGCGCUGUCCGCUCGUCUGGGGUGGGACAAUGUUGCCGUGCACGAAGGCGACUCGACUGCCGCCUCCUCCGCGCCCUCGGCAAACGACAGCUUGAACACAUCCCUGUCCGCCCAUGCCAGUAUUGCUGUCCCGACAUGUGCGUCGAGCGUCAUGUACAACAUGCUAUUCGACCUGUGUCGUGAAAUUGAGCGCGCUGGUGGCCAUCGCAUCGACACCGAGGUGCUGCUCUGGCUGACCCGUGCCGUCUCGCACCAGGUUGUCGAGCGCUUGUCGCAUCUUCUUGCGAGCAAUCGAAUCACGCUUAAGCCGAUGCCGGUUGUCACCUCCACCGGCACCACUGCCUCUUCUGCCGGUCCAGCGAGCGUUGUUCUCGGCCAGGACGGCGCAAUCCAGCUCUUGUUCGAUGUGCAGUUUGGCAUCAAGCGAUUGCUGGAGGAGGCUCGCGGAGCCACCAAGACCCUGACCGCACUUGCCAGCGCGGCGGCUGUGGUGGCUGGUUCUGCCACUGCAGUUUUAUCCGCUCACGCACCAGCGUUGGCCAACGCUGGAAACUCCCACCAGCUUCAGCAGCAGCAGCACGAACGUGCAUCUCAAGUUGCCACCUCGCUACAGCUGCUAGUCUCUCCCUUCAGCAAUCCGGCUCAGGUCUUGUCCAAGGACAUUGGCUUUACGCGUGCUUGCGACGAGGUUUUGCGCCGUUUGGAAGAAUUGGUCGAUCCGUUCGAUUUCGCCGUGUUGUCACCUCUGCUGCAGACAAACGUCGAUGCUUGCGUGCACAAGUCUUCAUUGCUUUUUGGUGCUUUGGUGCUUCUUGCCCAGACCAACGCCGGUCCAGGUCCCAUCAAAAAGCCCUCUGCGGCCCUCCCUUCCAGCUCGUUCGAGGCACACUCCAUUCUGCCCGUUUCGUCGUUUUCAGGCCGGUUUUCGUUGCUUCCUGUGGUGGAAACACGCCGCAAGCAGACCGCCGCCAUGGCUGCUCAACCGCGACGUCUCAAGGCUUAGGCAGUCUGUUUUGUUUCUGGUUGGUUUUAUUGUGCAAGUCGAUUGUUGCACAAUAGUAUUUGCGACUUAUUUUAUAACUCGGACUGUUCAGCCCUUUACACAUCCCACUCUUUGUCAUCAAAGAAGAAAUCGUCAUCAUCCUCGAGCAAAUCCA